AUGGAAAACAAUUCGCCACAUGCAAAAUGUGGCUGUGGCUUAAUAGCUGCAGUAUUCCGGCCACGCAGAGGGACAUUGGCAAGUUCUGCUCCCAACAACAACAAUGGCAAUGAUUUUGGAAAGGCUUCAAACACCCCUGACACAAAAAGAUUAAAAGGUGAAUCUGAAGAUGCAGCUUCUUUAGGAACAGCUUCAUCUAAUAAAGCCAAAGAUUCUUCAUCUCAUUCUAACUCCAAGCCUAUCCACAAGCCAACCCCUAUUGUGAACCAAAACCAGCAAAUGAACCAUCCCAGAGAAACAGCAGGAGGCACGUCCAAAGUGUCACCAACCGUGGGUUAUGCCAACCAUGUUAGAAGGGUUCCUAAAGAAGCCGUUAGCAUUUCUGGUGAGCUUGAAAGCAUGAUCGCCGAUCACCAAAAAUCCAAGGGAAGCAGCACCCUUGUUCGAGCUUCAUCCAGCAACGUGAUGCUGUAUGGUAAUUUAGGUAACCUGAGGCAAGGAGGGAAUACCAAUUCUCACAACGUGGUGGAUUACCAUGCCAAACAAAGGGAGGAAAACCCAGUUGCAAAUGGAAGAUACACAAACCAUAAGGUGGAACAUGUAGAUAAAGGAAGCAACGAAGAAUCAGGUUCUCUAUGCAGGGCACUGUCUACUAGAAUGGACCCCGAGCAAUUGAAGAUAAUGGGCAAUGAGGAUUAUAAGAAUGGAAGAUUUGCUGAAGCCUUGGCUCUUUAUGAUGCUGCAAUUGCACUUGAUCCUAAUAAAGCUUCCUUUAGGAGCAACAGAAGUGCAGCGUUAACUGCUCUCGGAAGGCUUCUUGAGGCUGUGUUCGAAUGCAGAGAAGCCAUUCGAAUAGAGCCUCAUUAUCACAGAGCUCAUCAUCGAUUGGGAAACUUGAACAUGAGAUUAGGAGAAACAGAUAAGGCCCUAUAUCAUUGUAAAAAUGCAGGACCAGAGGCAGACCCGGAUGAGAUUGCUAAAGUAAAGAAUAUUCAGUUACAUCUAAACAAGUGCACCGAGGCUCGUAGGUUAGGAGAUUGGAACACCCUCAUCAUGGAGACCAACUAUGCUAUAUCAUCUGGUGCAGAUUCUGCUCCACAGAUAUUUGCAUUGCAAGCCGAAGCAUUUUUAAAGCUCCGAAAGCACCAAGAUGCAGACGAAGCAAUGUCAAAGGGACCUAAUUUUGAUGUGGAUGAGUGCACUAAGUUCUUUGGGCCUAUAGGUAAUGCAAAUUUGUUGGUGACUCGGGCUCAGGUUCAUUUGGCUGCUGGCAGAUAUGAAGAUGCUUUGGAUGCACUUCAGAGAGCAACUAGGCUAGACUCUAAUAAUAAAGAGGUGAACAAGAUGAUGAGGAAGGCUAGAGCUGUGGCCAGUGCUAGAUCAAAUGGAAAUGAGCUUUUCAAGGCAUCGAAAUUCUCUGAGGCAUGUGUUGCCUAUGGAGAGGGUCUUGAGCAUGAUCCAUAUAACUCGGUUUUGUUAUGCAACCGAGCUGCAUGUAGAUCAAAAUUAGGCCAAUUUGAGAAAGCUGUGGAAGAUUGCACUGCUGCUCUUAACUUGCGCCCAUCUUACAGCAAGGCUAGAUUGAGAAGAGCCGAUUGUAAUGCCAAGUUGAAAAGAUGGGAAGCAUCAAUACAAGACUAUGAAAUCUUGCUAAAAGAGACACCAGAUGAUGAAGAAGUAAGCAGAGCUCUGUUGGAGGCCAAAGAACAGCUUCAAAAAUAG